GGACACUCCUGUCUUAGGGGCAGUUCCUUAGGUGCCCCAGCAAAGACGUUUCACUUGAUGGCAGACAUGUUUUUUAAGCAAUGCUCAAAUCUUGCACAUAUUUGCUUGUCAAAGGCGUGUACCAAAUUUCCUUGUGAUUCCGCAAAACCCCAUAAACUUAUUAGCGCACACUGAAGUUGUGGGUGAAAUGUCAAGUGACUUUUGGGGGUCAAACCUUUGGCUCCACCAUGUGGUAUAUUUGUCCAAAAAAUAAGAGCACAGACUAUAUAGCAGCACAUGUUUUCACCGUUUUCAUCCAGGAUUAGAAGAGCUCCACCAUCGGGUGUCCUAAUUUUUUCAUGCGACUAAAUGGCAAGUCUCUAAAGUUGUGCCGUAUUUGUCUAAGUGACAUUGAGGACCAGACGUAUUCGCCGUUUUUUGGUCAACAAACCACGCCUAGACUGUGCUGGCUAACGGAAAGUCUUGUUUCUUGUGUCAUUUCCGAGAUAAGCUCUUCCGAUUGCUCAUGAAACUGUUUUGUCAAAGAGGACUAUUAUCUAAAGAUAGCCUGAAGGUUUGGAGUGCUGAUUGUGACUGCACAGUGGAAAUGAGGCCACAUCCAAAUCAAACCAAUGUUAAGAUAUUAUGAAAGUAGUAGGAAAGAGUUGCGGGAGGAUAGAAUGAAUGAUGGCUAACCCAAAGAAGUCUUGUUUAAAGUGUUUAAAGUGGAACCUGAGUCGACCAUGUGUGGUCUUUAAAGUAUGUUGCCUCUAAAUCAAGUUAUCACUCAUCCUGUCUUCACCUCCACGAGACUUAGCGCUCAACAAGAAAACAGCACCACCAAGUAUCGUACUUCUUGUUGGACAUUUCUGACCCCAGGAUCUUUGUACAUGAGCGAAAGAGGAAGUCAGCAGCGACACACAAGGUUUAUUAAAAUGUAUGAGCAUCUUAAACCCCCGCCUCAGGGUAACUUCUCACUGCUAAUUGGUUGUAGCACUUGUUCUCACAGAGCGUUUCACUGAUGAAGCCGCAAUCGCAACCAUCUGGGUGUCGUAGAGCCUCAAAGGAGGAAUGUAAACAAUCCUAGACAACUACUAGUUAAUGGCAUGCGGUAGUUGUGCAUUGAAGUGAAUUUUCAGCCAUCUUCUUCGCAUAGGAAGUGAUGUGGUUGUACUUGAUAGAAGUGCUCUGCAGCAGUGGGGGCUGCGGCACCCCUCCUCCAGACAGUCAGGGACACUUCCGUCCAACCUUCCUCGACUGGAGAAGUGAGAUAGUUCCAUCCCAGGUUGAGUCCUGCAUUGCGUCCAUGCUCAUUUAGCUGCAGAGGCGAGCGCAGGGAUGUACAGCCUUUGCACCGCCAUGGAUGAAGAGAUUCUCAGUGCACCGUCAUGUCGCAGUGAGCUCUGUAACCAUGGCGAUGCGAGGUGCACUUUCUAGCGGCGGACAUUUUCUGUCCUGGGAAGUUGUUUUCUUGAUAUUUCCUUGAUGAUCCCCCACUUGAAUCAUUAACAUACGGUAAUUGAGGCAGACGAAGCGAGGAGGAUACCCGCUGGUCUCACAGAUGGGUAUGGAGAUGCACCCGGUGCCUUCUGUUGACGGUCCCCCCUCGUCCCCUGGCACCCUCCUGUCUGCUGGCGUGGCCUCGUGGAGCGCUGCCACAGUGGGUUCUGCAGCUGAAGGCAUCAGGCUUCUUCAAGAUGUCUCAUCUUAAAGUUCUCGACUGUAUGAUUAACAACAACUGGAGCCUGGUCUGUGAUCUCUACUGUGCCUGGAACAAUCAGGCCAAGCAGAAGGAUGGUCCCGACCAGAGCGACACGUCGGCCAUCGCUUCUCCCGUGGCUGAGGAGGAGCCUUUCUCCUGGCCUGGGCCCAAGACGCUGUGCCUGCAUCGGACUACUCAAGGCUUUGGCUUUACGUUACGCCACUUCAUCGUCUACCCACCCGAGUCUGCAGUGCACAACUCUCUCAAGGAUGAAGAGAAUGGCAGCCGAGGGAGACAACGAAGCCGCCUGGAGCCAAUGGACACCAUUUUUGUCAAGCAAGUGAAGGAGGGAGGCCCCGCCCACGGAGCUGGACUCUGUACAGGGGAUCGCAUCGUGAAGGUGAAUGGAGAGAGCAUCAUCGGGAAGACCUACUCGCAGGUCAUCGCCUUGAUCCAGAACAGUGAUACCUCGCUGGAACUUUGUGUGAUGCCAAAGGAUGAGGACAUUUUGCAGCUGUUUUCCAGGGAUAUCACUGCUCUGGCAUAUUCUCAGGAUGCAUAUCUCAAAGGAAAUGUGGCAUACAGCGGAAAUGCCCAGAACAUCCCUGAGCCGCCACCCAUAUGCUACCCUCGCAUAGAAAUUAAGGCUGCGAGCAAGGCUGAGGCACCACAGCCCUCCGCUGUCAACAACACCCCCAGAGAGUCAACAGAGAAGGGCUACCGAGUGGAGAUCCCUGUUCCCCCAUCACCUCCAGCACUGCAGACCUCCAAGACAGCGCUCUGUGUCAGUAAUGACAACUUGAGGACAGCGACCAUUCAAUCUGAACAAGUUGAUGGGGGUGUCCACUUGGUUCGGGCAGGCCCCAGCCACAGGACUGAGGAGAACCAAUACUGUCCUUCAACAGAAACAGGUUCUCCUAUACCCAGACCCCUUAUCUCUUCACUUCCAGGAGGUGCACAGUUGCAGUGUCCUUCUCCUCGUCUCUCAGAGCCCUCAACAUACUGCCCUUCCCUGAGACCUAGCCCGGUCUAUUCCGACAAUGUACCUUCCCCAGUACGGGCUUCUCUUACUGCUGCCUCACCGGACACAUUCUCCACUGCCGUGUCACCCAAAGUCAACCAUCAUUCACCCUCUCCAACCCCCCCUUCCUCCUCUCCUCAUCAGAACAUUGACUGGAGAAACUACACCACCUACAAGGACUACAUUGACGCCAAGAGGCUGCACAGCUAUGGCUGCCGUACCAUCCAGGAGCGCUUGGACAGUUUGCGUGCUGCUGCCAAUUCCAGCUCUGCUUACACCCAACAGCGCACACCCCCUCAAUGUGCCAGUCAGAGAGGGUUGAUGGCCUCUCAAGUCAGACGGAGGAGCACAUCGACUGAUCGUGGAGUAAAUGGAGGCAAUCACAGCACUCCAUUACGAAGUGCCUCCCAGGACAGGCUUGGAGCAGGCUCAGAGCAGACCAGAAACUGGCCUCGGAGUGCUUCCCAAGAUGCUCUACCUUUUUCCGGCCCUGUAGGGGUUACCAAACCUCGAGCAAGGUCUUAUGACCAUCUGGGCCAGCAGCCUACAGAACAUGGGCUCAGCUCUGGAGAGAGGAGUGUUUUAGAGGACAGACUUCUGCUUUGCCAAGGAGAGGAAGCGAGAGCCAGCAGGCAGGGAGCAGGCCAAAGAGCUUUACCUCAUCUCAAUCGGAGUCUCACUGGCCAGGAUUCAGAUGGACAAGGAAGUGGAUUAUCUAAUACCCCUUUAGCUGAUCGACCAUGUAGCAAAGGUAUGACAGAUUCUCUACAACCAUUAAGGACUGAUGGCAACAUUACAAGGCCCUCACGUCUACCUGUUAAAAAUUCCAUCACAGAACCCUCAACUGCCUCCAUGAAAACCACAGACUUGCUCAAAGACCAAAGAUUCACUGGAAACCAUGUGGGCUACACAUCUCCUCUGCACUUGGAGCUCAGGGGUCGGGCUGACAGUCUAAAACUGGAGAACAGGUCAGAGGCCAGUUUCGUGGCCAGGUCCUCCUCUUGUUCAGGUCCCUCAUGUAAAAUGCCCAUGCAGAGACAAACCCAGAGUGGAAGUGUCGCCUCUUCUUUUUCCACCACCACAAAUGGAGUCGUGACCCAAAAGCCAAAGGCUAGAGAAGUUUCCACCAACACCCCUGUACGAACCAAUGGCGGUCUUACAGAGGGUGUCGAAGGACGUGAUGCAACAGUGGUAGUCCUAAGAAAGGACAAAAACUCAGGAUCUGCUCACGCUCGCCCUCCGUCCUAUGUCUUUGCCGUUAGUGAUAACCAAGGGAGCCAUAAGUCACCACCAUUGUUGAAGGCUGGUUCUGUUGACGCAGUGACGUGUUGGUCUGACAGCUGCAGAGAAAUGCAUCUAAAGAGGCUGGGAGGCAUACAGCAGAAGUAUGGCUCAAACAACUUGGACGACUCCUUGGAUUCUAUCCCCUUCAUAGAUGAACCCUCGAGUCCCAGCAUGGACCUGGACACGGUCAACAUCCCCGCCUCCGCUGUGAUCUCCACAACACCAAUCAUCACCACCAUACCCCCAAGCCCCACAGCUACGUCCCCCCUUAUGCGCCGCCAGAUGUCACAUGAUCAUGAUUCUCUCCGUCUCACAAUUAUUGAGUCAGAUUCUGGUGGUAAAACGGAGCGGUCCUUGUCAUAUGAUGAAGGCUUGGAUAACUACCGGGAAGAGGGUGGCGGAAGGUCCUUGAUAGCUGGGCUGAAAGGACUCAGGAAGACAAUGGACAGGUCUUCAGAAGAUUCCGGGUCCAGGAGAGAUUCAUCAUCUGACGUCUUUUGCGAUGCCACUAGGGAGGGUCUUCUGCAUUUCAAGCAGCUAAACACAGACAAAGGAAAGCGCGUUGGAGGCGGCAUGCGCCCAUGGAAGCAGAUGUACGCCGUGCUGAGAGGCCACUACCUCUGUCUGUACAAGGACAAAAAAGAUGGGCAGGCGCACGCCAACUGUCAAACCACGGACGAGCCUCUACCCAUCAGCAUCAAGGCCUGUUUGAUCGACAUCUCCUACAGUGACACCAAACGGAAAAAUGUGCUGCGGCUCACCACGUCAGACUGCGAGUACCUGUUCCAGGCCGAGGACCGGGAGGACAUGCUGGCCUGGAUACGAGUCAUCCAGGAAAGCAGCAACUUGGACGAGGAGAAUGCGGCCUUCACCAGCCAUGACCUCAUCAGCCGGAAGAUCAGGGAGUACAACACCUUAAUGAGCCCGACAGGCAGCAAGACGGAACCGUCACCCAGAUCGUCUCGCCAGUCUCUGAGCAUUAGGCAGACCCUGCUUGGGGGAAAAGGAGAUUCCAAAGCCCUGAGUCCAAACUCCCCCAAGCCUGAGCAGGAAAAGAAGACCAUGCAUAAAGAUGACACCAGCCCCCCUAAGGACAAAGGGACGUGGAGAAAGGGUAUCCCGGGACUAAUGAGGAAACCUUUUGAGAGGAAACCCUCUCCUGGGGUCACAUUUGGAGUGAGACUGGACGACUGUCCUCCUGCACAGAACAACAAGUUUGUGCCGCUGAUUGUGGAGGUUUGCUGCAAGUUGGUGGAGGAGCGAGGGCUGGAAUACACGGGAAUCUACAGGGUGCCGGGAAACAACGCUGCAAUCUCCAACAUGCAGGAGGAGCUCAAUAACAAGGGCAUGAACGACAUAGAUAUCCAGGAUGAUAAAUGGCGGGACCUCAAUGUGAUCAGCAGUUUGCUGAAGUCCUUCUUCCGAAAGCUCCCUGAGCCACUCUUCACCAAUGAUAAGUAUGCAGACUUCAUCGAGGCCAACAGGAUUGAGGACCCAGUGGAGAGGCUCAAAGUGCUCAAGAGGCUGCUUCAUGAGCUGCCAGAUCAUCACUACGAAACGCUCAAGUUCCUCUCUGCUCAUUUAAAAACUGUAGCAGACAACUCUGAGAAGAACAAGAUGGAACCGAGGAAUCUGGCCAUCGUAUUUGGUCCCACACUGGUGCGCACCACCGAGGACAACAUGACCCACAUGGUGACACAUAUGCCGGACCAGUACAAGAUAGUUGAGACCCUCAUUCAGAAUUACGACUGGUUUUUCACUGAAGAGGGCAAUGGAGAUCCAGUGACAGUGUCGCACGAAGAGAGCGCUGUGGAGUCGCAGCCGAUACCAAACAUCGACCACCUGCUCACCAACAUCGGGCGCACAGGCACGCCGCAGGGCGAAGUAUCAGAUUCUCCCACCAGCGACUCAGCUAGGUCAAAGGGUUCCUGGGGCUCAGGGAAGGACCAGUCCAGCCGAGAUCUCCUGGUCUCCUCCAUUUUUGCUGCAGCCAGCCGCAAGAGAAAGAAGUCCAAGGAGAAAGCGCAGCCAAGCAGCUCUGAUGAUGACCUGGAUGCAGUUUUCCUCAGGAAAGAAAUCCCCGUACAGAAGGUGGACCCUCAUGGGGAGACUUGGACUGACAUCAACCUGAAGCAACAGGAGAAUGACAGAAGGGCCGAGAUGACACCCAAAGCCAAGAGGGACCACAAGCACCCCUCCCCAAAUAUGUCACCCAACAUCAGCUACCAAGGUGCUCCUCAGGGAAAAGCUUCCUUAUCCGAUCCUCCAUCCGAUUUAGGCACCAUGAGCUCUGGAGCGUCAGUGCCACGCUCACAGCCUAAAAGGUCGAUAAUGGGAGCAUCUGCAGACCAUCAAGCGGGAGUAUGCAUCGGAUCUGCAGCAGGCGUCGAGGCAGAGGUAGGCUCCAUCACCUCAGACUACUCAACCACCUCAUCCAUCACCUUCCUGACCGGAGCGGAUUCCAUGGCGCUAAGUCCAGAGCUGCAGGGCGGUGAAGAGGCAGACGAUGAACGCAGCGAGUUGGUCAGCGAGGGUCGACCCAUGGAGACAGACAGCGAGAGCGAUUUCCCGGUGUUUGCUCCAGGGGGUGGCAGCAGCCAGUCCACACCUUGUCCGGUGCAGGAAAAGCUAGAGGGGGAAGGGGGAGCUGCCCAGAGGAACACGGCAACAAAAAUGGAAGCAAGGCGUCUUUUCCCGACACACAAGAUGAUCGAAUGCGACACACUCUCUCGCAGGUGGUCGCUCAGACAGAAGACGGACAGCGAGUCGUCGGUGGAGGCGGGCAGCGGGGAGCGUGGCGAGGGCAGGGCGGAGUCUUCCACGCGGCUUUCGCGGGUGUUGGAGGUGAUGAAGAAGGGGCGGUCCACCAGCAGCCUCAGCUCGUCGUCGCGCAGCGAGUCGGAGCGCUCUGAACCAGCCUGGCACCUCAAGAUCACAGAGCGCAUUAAAUUCCGCUUACGCACAUCUGCCGACGACAUGUUCACGCAGAAGAGCCGUGCCCCCGAUGGACGCAGGAGAAACAACAUCCGACGGAGGCAUACCAUGGGCGGCCAAAGAGACUUCGCCGAAUUGGCCGCCAUCAACGACUGGCAGGAGCAGGGCGGGGUGGACCAGACGGCAGAGCUGUUGUCUGCGGACCCCCACCAGCCCAGACGCACCUCUCAUGACUUCAACAUCCGGGACUGGAUCACCAGGGAUCGGUGCCGGGGAGGGAGCGAAGACGAGGGGGAAGCCUUGCCAAACAGCACAGAGGUACCACCCAAAGCAGUCCCUGAAGAAACAGACGCCCAGGAGGCGGCACCUGAGCGGCCGCCCAUUAACGGCAAAAGCAAAGCUUCACUCGGGGAUGACGCGCACCCUCACAAACUGUCGGGAACGCACGUGGUCCGCUCACGGUUCUAUCAGUACCUCUGACCCGGGGAAGCAACAUGAGGAUGAAUGUGUUCCUUGUACGAAUGUGGCAACUGCACAAUAUUUUUUCUACAAAGUUCAUGUAUGUACUGUAAAUAACAUGUAUAGCUCCCAUGAUUGUUACUGGCAGAGUUGAUUAAUUAUGAGCAUCGCUGGCCAGACUGGACGAAGAACUUUCUCCUGCACAUGUGACCUUCAUUAAAGCAGGAGGCUCCGCCCUUUUUUAAAUGAAGAAUGUACGACUUUCCUACUUGGACUAACACGCGUUGCAUGUACUUGAAGAUACACAACAUGUGCAUAAGUACUGGGACACGGCUGUUAAACAAUGAAUCCAUCAGAGCAAAACAUUGGUAUGCUUCCAACUAAGUGGAAACGGUUUGGGGAAAGCCUUAUUCUAUCCCUAGUGCAUAAGCAAUGUCCAUGAAGGCAUGCUUGGAUGUGUUUGGUGUGGAAUAACAAGCCUCGGUCCAACCUCAGUGACUGCAAACAUGUCGAAAGUCUUCCCAGAAGAGUAGAAGGUGUUAAACCUCUACAUUUGCCUCAUGUUUCUCUUCUUUUAGGUGUCCCAGUACUUUUGUCCAUGUGGUGUUUCGUGGGAGGAAGCGAGGGCUGCGUUCUGAGCUGCGUGCUGUGGGAAUGUCUUUUUCGCAGCAUGGUCACAACAGCCAGAGAUUAGCUUGACCAUUAUUCCAAACAUUUUAUCAAAUAAAAUGAAAUGUAAUGAAAUGCUGAUACUCGAGUAUGUAAUACUCGGUACAGUCCUUUUCUAUUCCCAAAUUUUUAUUGUCCAACAAGGACAUUUUAUGUAAAUGCUUUGUCGUUGUGGGUUUUUUUCCUCCAAAAUGAAAAAAGUGCCUCCCCUCCCUCUGUAACCGUUUUUAUGAGCAGUCAAAAGAGCCUCAAAACUCAUUCCACCACAUUUCUGUUACAGCCGUUUUGUCUCUCCUUGAUGUCAUUUCAAUUAAAACGUAGGUUUAUCCUCAUCAAACAUGAAGCAUCUUGUGUAGUUGCAUGUGUUUGCGACAGUGAGCAUCUUGCCAGCACAAACAUGAGUGCAAUGUCCUUCCUCGAAGAACACUGGAAAUAAAUAAUCUUUAUUAUUAUUA